CGAUGGAGCCCGAGCCCGCCGAGGUGGAGGUUCCCGCAGGGCGCGUGCUCAGUGCCCGGGAGCUCCUCGCCGCCCGCUCGCGGUCCCAGAAGCUGCCUCCGCGCUCGCAUGGGCCCAAGGACUUCCUCCCCGACGGCUCGGUGGCCCAGGCCGAGAGGCUGCGCCAGUGCCGCGAGGGGCUGUGGCAGCUGCUGGCGGAGGAGCGCGUGGAGCGCCUGGGCAGUUUGGUGGCUGCCGAGUGGAGACCGGAAGAGGGCUUCGUGGAAUUGAAGUCUCCAGCGGGUAAAUUCUGGCAGACCAUGGGCUUCGCAGAGCAGGGCCGGCAGCGGCUUCACCCCGAAGAGGCCUUAUAUCUGCUGGAGUGUGGCUCCAUCCAGCUUUUCCACCAAGACCUGCCACUGUCUAUUCAGGAGGCCUACCAGCUACUGCUGACUGAGGACACCAUGACUUUCCUGCAAUACCAGGUCUUCAGCCACCUGAAGAGACUGGGCUAUGUGGUUCGACGAUUCCAACCAAGCUCCAUCCUGUCCCCUUAUGAGAGACAGCUGAACUUGGAUGGCAGUGCCCUGUGCUUGGAGGAUCGGAAUGGCAAGAGGAAGAGGAGGAGCUCCAGCUCUCGGACCCUGGAGGCAGUAGGCGUGCGUGGGACGUGUGCACUUCAGCAAUCAGGAGCAGAUGUGCUGGAUUUCCUCCCCACGUCCCUCAGGUCCAUUAAUAAGAAGGCCAAGGCCCUGGAGAAUCCCCUACAGGGGGUGGAUGAGACAACUGAGAGCCUGACAACCUCCAGCCCACCUCCCUGCAACCAGAACAGCCGAUGCCCAGAGGAGAAACCUCAAGAGUCAAGCCCUGUAAAGGGUCCCACGGGUCCCUCUCUGCUUUUGGGAGCCCUGGAGCCCUGGCCUGGCCUGGCCAACGAGGGGGGUGGGUGCAGCCAGCAGAGUGGCAAAGUAGAGAAUGGGGUCAAGGGGGUUCGUAAGCCACGCUGGAACUUUGAGCAGAUUUCCUUCCCCAACAUGGCUUCAGACAGCCGCCACACCCUCCUGCUGGCCCCAGCCCCAGAGCUGCUCCCAGCGAACGUCGCUGGGCGGGAGACAGAUGCUGAAUCCUGGUGCCAGAAGCUGAACCAAAGGAAGGAGAAGCUCUCCAGGAGAGAACGGGAGCAACAAGCAGAGGCCCAACGCUUCCGGGAAGAUGUAAACGCAGAUCCCGAGGUGCAGUGCUGCUCCAGCUGGCAGGAGUACAAGCAGCUGCUGCAGCGGAGGCACCUGCAGAAGAGCCAGAGCCGCCCCGCACACCUGUGGGACCAGCCGGUCCACCCCUUGCUGAGUCCUGGCCAGGCAGACUCCCCAGCCACAGUGCUUCAACAUAUCUCUGUGCUGCAGACCACACACCUCGCCGAUGGAGGUACAUGGUUGCUAGAGAAGUCUGGAGGCUUGGAGAUCAGCUUUGACAUUUACCAGGCUGAUGCUGUGGCCACAUUCCGAAAGAAUAACCCUGGCAAGCCCUAUGCCCGGAUGUGCAUUAGUGGAUUUGAUGAGCCAGUUCCAGAUCUCUGUACCCUCAAGCGGUUGUCCUACCAGAGUGGGGACGUUCCUCUGAUCUUUGCCCUGGUGGAUCAUGGAGACAUCUCCUUCUACAGCUUCAGGGACUUCACGCUGCCCAGGGAUCUGGAACACUGAUCACACCGCUCUGGCAGGGCUUGGGACCUGCCCUGGGGAACCUGGACUGUCUACUCUCAGGGACCAUCUCAGCUGCCUCCUAUACCCAGACUCUGACCUGUAGCUUCAGGAGCUAGUCUGGGCCUUGGCCCUGGGUGUCUGAUGCUUGCAGGAGAAAGAUGCCAUGCCCCCUACCUGGCUUCCAUAGCCCCAUGCCUGAGAUCGCUGCCUUGCAGUGAUCCCCUUGGAACUCAGGACUAGAUUUCAGAGACCCAGCGGGGUGGGGCAGAAGAGAGGACUCUGUGCCUUUAAAUGAGAGGGUGCCUGCUUCGUGCGAUAAAGCCAAAGCCAUUAAAAAAUAGAUCCAUUUUCU